AAUCAUUCUGUCGCAUAUGAAGACAUCAUAGCCUCUAAGUGAUAUUUGGAUUCCGAUGGACUAAGUUGUUCAAUUUGAGAUCUAUAUAUUUUUUAUAUGAAUCUUGAAAUAUACUUUAAUUAUGGAAAUACACUGUAUAGUCUGGGCAAAUCAUUGCAAAACCAACUACGACGGUAAUACAAUCAAAUCCUACUAAAAACUUUUAUUGCCAUUAAAACUCAGCAAGGCACAGUAGGAUGUUUGCAAAAAGGAAAGUAGAUCCAGAACUGGAGAAGCUGAGAAACGAAGUGGAGAGACCACCAGACUUAGAUACGACCAUUGCGGAUAUCCAGAGAGAAUCAUCGCGCGUUCACGCUGCGUACUUGUUCGAGCACAUUGGCAAGGCUACACUGCAGAGACUAUGCUUGCUGCUGAGCUCCACAGCAACAGGGAAGAUUUACGACGGAUGGCAGGAGUUUGCAGCACACAUGGGCUUAACGAUGGAACAGAUACGCUGCAUAGAUUAUGACUUCAAAGGGCUCCAGGAUCCAACGUAUUACGUGCUUUUGACUUACGUGCAGUCUCCGGAGGCAACAAUGGACAAAAUUCUGAGUGGUUUGCAAAAAAUGCAACGACUCGAUAUAAUAAAUCAAAUUAAGGAUCAUGUGCACGAUCUAGUCAAUGUUGCGUCGCAACAUGUCAUAAGCCAUGAUGGUAGAGUAAAGAACAGUAGCAUGUUUUUCUUGGCGUUACAGAAUAAAUUAUGGAUUAAAGUCAAGUUUGGAAGAUAAAGCUCCAAAAAUGUAAUAAUU